CUUUUUUUCAAAUCUCAAAGCAUCCCAACUCGUGGAAUCCCCAAUUUAUAUCGCAGCGACCGCCUAAGUUUAGAGUCACUGAUCUGAAACAAUGACGAGGGAAGAAGUUAAAGCUGUAGUGGACGAAAUGGAGAUUGAUGGAGUUGAACAAAGGGAAGGGAAUGCGGUUCCUGAGGGAUUCAAUGCUAAUUAUCUCAAAGUUUAUUACGGUAAUCAAUUUUCAAGCAAUAUUUUAGCAAAUUUUAGUCGAGGUCGAAAUUAUGCUUGUUUUUUUUGCUGAAAAGGGGAAUUUAUUUGAUCCAAGGAAGCUAUUUCCUCAUGCUGAUAUGUUUAAAUGGAUGUCAUACGGAAAUGGUGAGUGUUCUUUCUUUUUUCCAUCUUCAAUAAAACAAUUGACUCAAUCAAUUUAAGAAAGGGUAAGGCAUAGUGGAAAGGAGCAGAGGAAUAAGGUUGGUCUUGAGUCUUGACCCAUUACAUGAGUAUGAUGCCUUCGAUGGUAAAGGUUGAUUUGAACAUAUAUAAUAUAUUUUGUGAUUUGUAUCUGAUUUUUUUGGUCUCUCCUUUAUAUGUUCAGCUAAGGGUUCUGUUAAUUGUGCAAAAACUUUUACAACAUGCACCCGACUUUAUUUUCAGGGCGGAGAGUAACGGAACGGAAAUUAAAAACGCAAUAGCAAACUACUUGACAUAUGAAUCUUCUCCAAAAUCUUUUGUUGGAUUACACAAAAUAGUGACUAACAUACAAAUUUCAGAGUUGACGAAAAAUCUGCAACUGAAUGAGAAAAAAUAUUUUUGGAUUGAGGCGGCAAUAAAAAUAACUGAUACUCUCCAGAAUUUUUAUUACAUGUCAUGUGACGCAUGUCAUAAAAAAAUAAAUUUAUACAAUCGCGAUGAAAGAAUCAUAUGUGACAAGCCAAUAUGCGGCCAAGAAGGAUUUCCUACACCACGUGCUAUAGCAUAUGUUGAACUUGAUAACAAUACAAAGAGCCUAUCUGCUGUCAUGUUCGCAGAUAUUGUGGAAAAAAUAUUUUCGUGUAUUACUGCCCAACUAAUGAAAUAUACUGCAGAGGAACACCGCUGCUUUGUUGACACUACCAUAUUCAAUUUAUCAAAGAAAAAAUGGACAAUCCAGAUAUAUGCGGACCCGACUAGAAUGAAAAGUGCAAAAUACAAAAAUUACACUAUUGUCUCUAUCGAAGCAAAUGAAGAUUGAAAUCCACCAAUGACUAUCAUUAGUUUUCUUAUCUACAAUUUUUAGACUAAUGCUAUCUUCAAUUAUUAACAAUUUAGAGAUUGAUUUUUAAUUUUCUUUUUAUCUUACACCCAUUUAAGUAAUGUUUCUUUAAGUAUUGGAACAUCAAUUUUUAUUUUAUCUUUGAAAUAACUUAAGAACAUAUUUCAAUCAUCAAGCUUUUUUAAACACUAAUAUAUUGCAUUCGGUAUUCACUUUUGAUUGACAACAUUAUAAACUAUAAUAUUUAGAUACACAUAAUAAUAAUCUCACCUAAUAAUUAAUAAUAUUUUUUCUUUAAUUUUUAAUUGUAUCACUUUCAAAUAA